AUGGGAUCAACCAAAGAUUAUCCCACGCUUUCUACCCUCAGCAGUUGGGCAGAUACUACUUCUUUACCUAGCAACUCUUACAGCGACUACCUCUGGUCAACUGACACUGGAGCUUGGGAGCCAGAUUGGUUUACUCAUGUUAUGCAGAGAGAGACUGGGACUCGUCUUGGAUGUACGCUUGGGUUGCUGGAAUAUCGCCAUGCUAUCUCUACAAUUGGACGCCAGUUUAUUGGAAAAGACUUUCGCUAUGGUACGCACGAUCGCAACUCUCAAGAAGAUCCUGAAGAACUGGAGGAAACUGAAUUAGAGAGCGGAAUUGAUCUCCAAGCAGGCCGUACGGAACGAAUUGGACUACAAAGCUAUGGUGUACCAAUGGAUAUGGUGAAGAACUUAAGCUCACGCUCAAUACACUUCUUCCAGGCCCUAAGUAACCACUGGCAUGAAUUUCUUGGGUUGGAAUCCUCAGAGCCUCAUACCAGAAACUCUUCAGGCCAAGGGCCGUCAAAAGUCAGCAUGACCCUGCCACUUAUCUCUGGCCAUCCUACCCUAAGGCACCAGCCACAAAGCAUAGAGCAUCCAGGUAUAAACUCUCAACCGCCAACUAGCCCAGUCGAGCGUCCAGUAAAACGGCUGCGCUUGCGCCAGGCAUCAGUCAGCGAAACCUCUAUCAAAGCUGCAAUGAGCAAAGCGCUUAAUCAACCUAACCCAGCGUAUAAAUCCGCUGAGCAAGCACAAGCGUUAGGAGCAGUAGUUAGUAGCCAAACCCCAGUUGUAGUUGUACUACCAACUGGUGGCGGCAAAAGCCUGCUUUUUCUAGCCCCAGCUUGCCUUGAGGACCCAGGAGUUUCAGUUGUAGUACUACCCUUCCGGGAGUUGCUGAACAAUAUGAAGGAGCGCCUAAUAGCUGCGAGCAUACCGCAUCUAGAAUGGUCAAGUGGCGAAGAGCUGUCAGCUCCAGUUGUGUUACGACUAUCGGGAGCGCCUAGCAACUCUGCGCAAUCUUCGCUCACUUCAAUGCCCGUUUCUCUUUCUUACAGCUACGCAACCGCCUUGCUUAGAGCAUGA